AUGGCUAUUAUUCCCCACAAACUUUGCUUUUGUGACCAGGACAGUGAUAUUUUGAAAUUUACCAAUUUUCCAGAACAUUCCAGAUAGAUUCAGUGCUGAGUAAACUUGGAGUAACUUCUAGAACUUUCCAGUAAUAUAAAUAGUAGUAUAAAUACAGGGGCCUUAAGCCCACCAGUUCAGUUUAGUUCCAGCUGCCUAAGUGGAUACAUAUCUGCAUUUUUCUGAGAUGGCAUCAAGAGGCUGCAAGCAUCCGGCAGACGCAUUUUGCUAUGUCUGCGGCCAAUUUAUCAAGACAAGAGCGAAAAAGUACUCCGUGGAAGCAUCUGCUAAGAUGUGUGAGGCCUACAAGGCAUAUUUUGGCAUGCCUGUCAGGGAUCAGGACAAACCCUGGUCACCUCAUUUCACCUGCGAGCACUGCAAAAAAACUCUGGAAGGAUGGUACAGAGGGGAAAAGAGAGCCAUGAAGUUCGCUAUCCCAAGAAUUUGGCAGGAACCCACUGACCCGGUGCCACACUGCCAUGAGCUCCCUGUACCCACUCCUCCGGAGAGAGAGUAGCCAUCUUUAGAAGACAGCAGCAAGUCAGAGAGCGAGGAAGACGUUGUAGAUCCAGAUGACAAUUUCAGAGGUGGAGCUGAGGAGAGAAACCCAUACUACCCCAACCAAAAACACCUAAACGACUUGAUUAGAGAUCUUGGUCUCACCAAGUCCAAUGCCAAGCUUUUGACGUCUAGGCUCAAGUAGUGGAACUUGUUGGAUGAAAGUGUGCAAGUCGCGAUCAGAGGAAGCGUCACCAACCUUUUUCCAGCUUCUUCACCCGUCAAGAUGGGCUCUGCUUCUGCCACAAUGUGACUGUUUGAGGCAAUCGGAAUCGCCUGUAACCAGAAUGAGUGGUGCCUCUUCAUUGACAGCUCAUCCAGGAGCCUCAAAGCCGUGCCGCUUCAUAAUGGUAACAAGUAUCCGUCUCUUCCCCUGGCUCACUCGUGCACCUCAAAGAGGAUUACAACAGCAUCAAGACCUUGCUGGAUGCCUUGAAGUAUGAGGAGUACGGCUGGGAGGUCAUAGGAGACUUAAAAAUGGUGGCAUUCCUGAUGGGUCUCCAAGGCGGUUUUACCAAGUUUCCCUGCUAUCUUUGCCUUUGGGACAGCAGGGACACCAAGGCGCACUACCAAAGGCGGGACUGGCCACAGUGGACCGAGUUCUCUGUGGGGAGGAACAACGUCAAGUGGGAGCCACUGGUGGACCCCCAGAAGGUGCUGAUGCCACCACUGCACAUCAAAUUGGGCCUUAUGAAACAAUUUGUCAGAGCUCUAGAUAAGGAGUCGGCAGCCUUCAAGUACCUUCAAGACUUCUUCCCUAAGCUGUCUGAGGCAAAGGUCAAAGCCGGUGUCUUCGUCGGACCACAGAUAAAGAAGAUCCUGGAGUGCAAUGAAUUCCCCAAGAAGCUCACUAGUAAGGAGAAAGCGGCUUGGAACAGCUUUGUCGCAGUGGUUCGGGGCUUCCUGGGCAAUCACAAGGCCGAAAACUAUGUGGAGCUGGUUGAGACUCUGGUGAAGAACUACGGCACAAUGGGCUGUAGGAUGUCCCUCAAAGUCCAUAUCCUUGAUGCUCAUCUUGAUAAAUUCAAGGAGAACAUGGGAGCGUACUCGGAGGAGCAAGGCGAGCGCUUCCACCAGGAUAUACUGGACUUUGAACACCGCUACCAAGGACAGUAUAACGAGAACAUGAUGGGAGACUACAUUUGGGGGCUGAUUUGUGAAAGUGAUUUACAGUAUAAUCGUAAAUCUCGAAAAACUACUCACUUCUAAAACUUUUGUAGUCAUUUUUGUAUUACUUUAGUAUAAAUACAUGUUAAUUUGGAUUCAUAUGUUUUUUUCUGACUUUAUGUGAAUGAAAUAAGUAAAUUUCAAAAUAUCACUGUCCUGGUCACAAAAGCAAAGUUUGUGGGGAAUAAUAGCCAUUUUCUAUACUUUUGAGGCAUAAGCAAUUAGGAAAUAACACUUACUACCCAGGAACAAAAAUUGUGUUACAUAGUGUAAUUACGAUAGACUGAAUGACCUAAGAUGAACCAGACAUCAUACUAAAGGAUGCCAGGUCUUAUGAUUCAUUCACUAUAAAAUGUGCUAUCUGAAAUUGAAAAAGGUUUGAUAAAAUAUUUAUUGAAAAAAAUGUAUGAUGUUCUGUCACCCUUACUGGACUGUGACACUGGUAUCAAAAAUAGUUAAAUAAAUUCAAGUUCACAAAACAAGAA